AUGGUCUUCCGCUGUCAGACGUGUAAGAGCCGCCAUGUCAAGUGUGACGCUGUGCAGCCGAUAUGCAGUCGAUGCAAGAAGGCGGGUCGGACCUGCAAAUGGGAUCCGAAUGAUCACGUUGCUGAGACGGGCCUGCAUUUCAAGAUCGAGAAUUCAUUUGCUGGAGGCCAACCUAGACGGCCGAGGAAAGUAAAGGAACUGGUAUCCGAACCGGUAGAUUUCCCGAGCCUUGCACCUCUGAGUAUCCCAGCAGCACCUUCUCACGCCGUGGACGUCCAAGCUUUUCAUUACUGGUUGGAGAAUUUCAUGUUUCGGCUUAAAGAUCUACCUGAUAUCGGACAUGAGUACAAUGCUUAUGUUAUCUUCCAUUGGGCUCGUGCUCGGCCGGGAUCGGGUUUGCAUCUGGGCCUCUUUGCUUAUUCGCAUGCCGUCUUUGGACGAGCGAAUCGUAUGGAAAAGGCUCUCGAGGAUGCGGCCAGGGCUCAUUCUCAAGCCAUCGUGACCAUGCAGAAAGAGAUGGAGGACUUUGAACAAUUACCUGAUGAAAAUAUCGACCAGCUCCUCGUUACAACCAUGCUUAUGAGCAGUUAUCAGAAUACCAUGUAUGGAAUCCAGAUACCUCAUCCUUCUUCCGCUGUUGACGAGGUCGGAUCACGGCUUUGGCAAAGCCUUUGCCAUCACGAAGGAGCCUUGGCCCUUCUGAAGCUUCGACAGGAACAUGGACGUCCGCCAUAUUUGCCGCUCCACAGAGUCGUCAGACGACAAGUAAUCCGAACUUGCAUCCUCCGUGGUGUUCCUGUUCCCGACUUCCUCCAAAGUGGUGGAGACUAUGGAGAAGAAGGGCCCGCUCUCGAAGUCGAUGCUUUCAUGGUUCGGGUAGCGACUUUGCGAAACAAGUCUAUGUUCCUACUCUCUAGAGAAAGUCUCGAUCCUCCUUUUGAUACACAAAUUUUCGAAGAUGUCGCAAUCAAAGCGCUAGAGCUUCACAGCGCCAUCGCCUCGUGGUCCGAAAGCCUUCCCGAAGACUGGACGUUUUCUACCCGAUUCUCAUCUGAAAGUUUGAAUGGGAGAGGCCACGUUUACAGCAACACCCUACAUACAUAUUUUACGCAUGGUCAUGCCGCGAUCUGGAAUCGGUACCGCGCCAUCCAACUCAUUGUUAACAGCAUUCGUCUCCGGUCCCUUUCACAUCAGCUCGAAACCCUGGACUACCCAUCCCAGCGUUCCUUGGUCGUUAUACAACAAGAGGCAUGCCGCAAUAAUAUGGAAUUGUUGACAGCCGAUUUGUGUGCUGGUGUGCUGUUCUUCUUUAAUUCUCUCGAUCCUACAGGAUUAAGAACUCUCCAGCUUGGAAAGUUCACCAUCACGACCGAUGAUGAGAUCCUCCCCAAGGUGGCAGGGCUCCUUGCCUGGCCUCUCACUGUCGCCGUCAGUUGCGAAUAUAUCACAGAGUCACAGAGACAGUGGCUAAAGGGAAAAUUGAAGAUUGUCGCGAAGUCCUUAGGAGAUGCCGUUCUUGAGUCUGUUGUGGAACAAGGCGAAUUCAGAUUCUGA